AUGGAUGGAUCGCACGUCGACAACCAAGAAACCCAGGCCGGCCUUUUCCACCGGCGGAGGGGUUCGCCUUCUCCUUCCGAUACUCCUCAGAUGUCUGCCAACGCUCCUGGUAUCUCGACAUACUGGGACCAGCCUUAUGAUCACUUUAACGACGAUAUUGGCCCAGGGUCUCCCAUAGAUCCUAUGGCUCUGCAAGCUGCUUUACCCCCCGGCAUGGACCGUCACCAACCAAGUCCACCACUGCCCUCGACGCCAGUUCGAACCUACGAUCCUCCUGCUCCAUACGUCGAAGAUGCGCCGAGUACAGAUUACGCCGAAUCCGAUAGGGUGCCGUUGACAGCUGGUGCUGAGCCCAUCUCCCGGUCCUUAUCCACCAACAACUUGGACAACCGAAAUCGAGAUAGUUUUCAGACGGUAACGAGCUCAGAGAAUAGCCCUACGCGCGGUCGCAGCACAAGAAGUUUGGGUGAGGAUUUGAGAGCCAGUUAUGGAUCUACUCGAAAUCGCAAUCUUGGCGCAUCUCUCAACCCGAAUGAGUACAGAAGGUCCAGAUCGCCUUCUACGUCGGGUGCCUUGUCGCGCGCGGGAUCUAUAGUGCGGGCAAUGUCACAGCGUGUGGUCAAUAUCAGUGGAGAAACCGAGGUUGUUGAUCAUAGGGCGUCUAGGCAUCGCUCACGUUCGCCUGUUGGGCAUAGCCAAGACAGGAACCGGGAUACCGUUAACUCGUUAUUCGCCGAUACUUCGUACCAGCCACAAUUGGGUCGUUCCUCCAGCGAGAAGUCCACAGGACCGCGCCUUAAUGUAAGCGAAGCUACAGAAACAGAGCUACCAAGGCCACCUCUACCAAACCCGUUGAAAGGAAAGUCCCUAGGGAUCUUCUCACCAAACAACCCUCUACGGUUGCGUCUUUGCGAUCUCUUGGUCAAUCCAUAUACCGAGCCGUUCCUGUUGCUCUUGAUUGUCCUACAGGCAAUCCUCCUUGCUGUUGAAUCUGCCCCAAAUGUGUUCGAAACAGGUCGCCCUGACCGUUGGGGCAAGCACCCCAUUGACUGGGCCAUGCUUGCGCUCUUCAUCAUCUUUACUCUCGAGAUCAUAUCGCGCGUCAUAGUGUCUGGGUUUGUACUUAAUGCUGCAGAGUACAGCACGAUCGAUCGCAAACGUGGAAUUCGCGCGGCCAUUGCGGAUCAGUAUCGUGCAGUCUUUCAGCCAGAACGAAUGAAAUCGGUAAAAAAGGCGUCGCAAUACAAUCCCGAACCAUCGGCAAUUUCUCGUUCCUUCACGACCUUUAUGCAAGGUCAGCAGGCCUUACCAAGAACCCUAGAAGAACACCAGAGGUUCCAACUUGCUCGCAGGGCAUUUCUACGACACUCCUUUAACCGUUUCGACUUCGUUGCUGUCGUCUCGUAUUGGAUUACUUUCUGCUUGAGCGUUUCUGGACUUGAAACGAAACAUGACUUGUAUGCAUUCAGGAUGUUGAGCUGCUUGCGAAUCUUGAGAUUGCUAGCGUUGACAAAUGGUACCGCAAUUAUUCUCCGAAGUUUAAAGAAAGCGACACCUUUACUUGUACGUGUUGCCUUUCUCAUCUCGUUUUUCUGGUUGCUCUUUGCCAUCAUCGGCGUGCAAAGUUUCAAAGCCAGUCUGAGUCGGCAAUGUGUUUGGCUAGACCCGCUUGAUCCUACAAAUCUGGAUGCUUCCUUCACACAUGAUGAAGGUUUCUGUGGUGGUUAUUUGAACAACCUCACAGGUGAUACCAUGCCUUGGGUCAAGUUCAAUACCUCGGACUCCUUAACCGAUCUCAUGAACGGAACCAAAGAAGGGAAGGGAUUUCUAUGCCCUCGAGGUUCCAUUUGCCUUCAACAGAGCAAUCCACACAACGGGACUGUUAACUUUGACAACAUUUUCAACUCCCUGGAACUAGUGUUCAUUAUCAUGAGCGCCAAUACUUUUACCGAUCUGAUGUAUAUGACGAUGCGCUCGGACUAUUUCCAAGCUGCACUCUUCUUCGGCGCAGGAACCAUGAUCAUGAUGCUUUGGCUGACAAACUUACUUAUCGCCGUCAUCACUUCAUCCUUCCAAGUCAUCCGAGAAGAGAGUAAGGCGAGUGCGUUCACGAUCAGCGAAGAACCACCCGUGCAAUCUCGUGUUGAUGAAAGACUUCGUCGCACAUCAUCUCUACAGCGUGUCUACCACAAGACCAGGGCUGUCUGGAUUCUUAUCAUCACAUUUGGGCUUAUAUGCCAGGCUUGUCGUAGUGCAUCUAUGUCGCCGAGUCGAGCACGCUUCAUCGACACGGCAGAAAUAAUCGUAACAAUUCUCCUCGAUAUCGAAAUGAUCAUUCGGUUUGCCACUGACUGGAAUCAUUUUCACAAAAGCUGGCGGAAUAUUUUUGAUCUUGGACUCGCAAUCAUUACCUCCAUUAUAUUGAUACCUCCCAUCCGACACACCAGAGCAUACUGGUGGUUGACAGUCUUCCAAAUCCUUCGAGCUUACCGAAUUGUCAUGGCAAUACCCGUGACACGGGAGCUCAUUCUCCUUGUUGUUGGAAAUGCUGCUGGUAUUGGGAAUCUCAUGUUCUUUGUCUUUCUCAUGACCUUUUUGGUGGCGAUCUUUGCUGCACAAUUAUUCAGGGGUCAGAUACCCAUGUACAAUGAUGGUGACCUCAAUCGCAUCUCGUUCUUCACCAUUUAUAACUCGUUCCUUGGCAUGUACCAAGUUUUGACGAGUGAGAACUGGACAGACAUUCUCUAUAAUGUCACUUCCUACACACGACAUAAAAACACUGCCUGGAUUGGAGCCACUCUCCUGAUCAGUUGGUUUAUUGUCGCUUAUUUUAUUCUCGUCAACAUGUUCAUUGCUGUCAUCCAAGAGAAUUUUGAUGUGUCUGAGGAUGAGAAGCGGCUGCAGCAAGUCAAGGCUUUCCUUCAGAGGCGAGAUCUUGGUGCUUCUUCCAGCAAUCUGGCACUAUCUACUAUCUUUGGGUUCUCGAAACACCGCAAGAAUAAAGACCCUUUAGACUAUGGGCCUGCAACGGUUGAGAUGCUCCUCAAGGAUGCAGUAGUCCGCGAGUUUCUGGAUGACCAGAUGAACCCAAAGCCAGAACAUCAUGCACCUAUAAGAAGUGCAACCACACUUCUGGGAGGAGAAAUCAAGCCAGGGCGUAUUUCCGCUCUCUGGGGGAGGAUCAAACAAUGGUUCAGCGAUAGAGAACCCAAUCCGUUUUAUUCAAGCCUACGAUUUGAUGGUGCGAACGAGACCUCGGACCCCCGACAAAUGGCCGAGCAGGCCAUGUCUGCCACGAUGAGCCGAAGAAGGGCGCAGCGAGAGUAUCUUGCCAAGUAUCCCAACUAUAAUAAUUCGUUGUACAUCUUCACACCCAAUAACAGCUUGCGACGACUUUGCCAACGGCUCGUUGGCCCUUCUCGUGGCAUAGAACGAAUCGAUGGCGUGGUACCUGAUACUGUCCUCUGGUAUUGUUUUACCAUCUUCAUCUAUACCGCGAUUGCGGCCAUGGUCAUCCUCGCAUGCGUUACCACUCCUCUCUAUCAGAAGGAAUAUCAAGAACAGCAUGCGUUCAGUAUUAGGAAUUGGUACAUCUGGACUGAUAUGGCCUUCGCAGUUGUUUUCACUGUAGAAGCUGGUAUUAAAAUCAUUGCCGACGGACUCUUGUGGACACCGAAUGCGUUUUUGCGCAGUUCUUGGGGGUUCAUGGACUCUGUUGUAUUAGUGACCCUUUGGAUCAAUGUCGUUACGCUUCUCAUCAAUGAUGGUGCUAUUUCAAGAGCGAUUGGUGCAUUCAAGGCUCUUCGUGCUCUUCGUUUGCUUAAUGUGAGCAACAGUGCUCGAAACACCUUCCACGACCUCAUUAUUGUUGGUUGGUGGAAGAUUUUGGGUGCUGCGUUCGUUUCUUUAUCCUUGCUCAUCCCAGCUGCUAUUUAUGGUCUUAAUCUAUUCAAUGGCCUGCUGUUAUCUUGCAACGACGGCGGCGACGGAAUCAAGACUAUGGGCAACUGCUAUGGCGAGUUUGAGAGCACGCCGUUCAGUGAUGAUUGGCCAAUGCUUGCCCCCCGUGUUGCCGAGAACCCUUUCUUCAGUUUCGACGAUUUUGGCUCGUCUUUGUUCAUUCUCUUCCAGAUUGUUAGUCAGGAAGGAUGGACAGAUGUAUCCUUUGGUGUCCAGGCCAUAACUGGCCGAAUGAAGCAGCCUGAGGAUUUGGCCUCGCAAGGCAAUGCUGUUUUCAUUGUUAUCUUCAAUCUGUUGGCAACCGUCUUCGUUCUUACGCUGUUCAUCUCGGUGUUCAUGCGUAACUAUACUGAGCAGACAGGCGUGGCAUUCCUGACAGCGGAGCAGCGAUCAUGGCUUGAGUUACGAAAAGUCCUUCGUCAGAUCUCGCCCUCAAAGAGUUCAUAUGAUGAUUCAAAGAGCUGGAAGAAGUGGUGCCACAAGAGGGCCAUCGAGAAGAAGGGCAAGUGGUAUCGAACAAUUACUGGCAUUCUGGUACUACACUUGCUUGUUCUUGUUUCAGAGUUUGCGGACGAGCCGUUAUGGUGGACGAGAUAUCGCGACUUUGUUUUCUUCGCUUUCAUUGUGGCCUACGUCGUCAACAUCGCGAUUCGUAUCAUUGGCCUAGGUUGGGUCCGGUUCAGACGAAGCUCAUGGGAUCUCUAUUCGCUUUUCAUUGUUUUUGGCGCAUUCGUUUCGACCUUUGCACUCCUGAUUUCGGAUACCGAGCUAGAAGCAUACGUCCAGCUUCACAAAGUUUUCUUGGUAGCGAUCGUGCUAUUGCUUAUUCCCCGCAACGACGCGCUAGACCAACUGUUCAAGACGGCCGCAGCAAGUCUGACGGUUAUUGGUAAUUUGCUCGCGACCUGGCUGGUAUUCUUCCUUGUCUUUGCCAUUGCAAUGACUCAAGCUUUCAGCUUGACACGGUUCGGCGAAGAGACAGAUGGGAACAUGAAUUUCAGAACCGUACCCAAAGCUCUAAUCCUCUUGUACAGGAUGAGUCUUGGUGAGGGAUGGAAUGGAAUCAUGGAAGACUACGCCGGCAUCGAACCACCACUUUGCGUUGACGAAGAUAGGUUCUUCGACAGUGAUUGUGGCAGCAAAUCAUGGGCAAGAAUUCUUUUUGUUGCGUGGAACAUCGUCAGCAUGUAUAUCUUUGUGAAUCUGUUUGUAUCGCUCAUUUACGAGAGCUUCAGUUAUGUCUUUCAACGCUCGAGCGGCAUGGCAGUUGUGGACAGAGAUGAGAUACGGCGCUUCAAGGAAGCCUGGCGUAGCGUGGAUCCAGCUGGCACCGGAUACAUCACCAAGGAAGCUUUCCCUCGGCUACUGGGUGAGCUAUCCGGCGUUUUUCAAAUGCGUAUCUAUGACCCCGAGGACAGCGUUCACUCGAUCUUGGAAGAUAUCCGGGACGACGUGAAACUAACACACCAUUCAUCGAUUGCAACAACCAGUGGGUUCAGUGGGAUCGACUUGAACAAACUCAACGCACGGUUAAGGCGCAUCGAUUCGGAAAAGGUUCGCCAUCAGCGUCGACGAUUCAACACUUUUUACGAAGAAGUUUUGGUGUCUGCAGAUCCGGAUAGGGGCAUCUCUUUCACGAGUGUAUUGAUGAUUCUGGCUCACUAUAACAUCAUCAGCGAUAACAAGAGCUUGAGGCUUGAGGAAUUUCUGAGACGGCGAGCACGUCUUCAGCGAGUAGAUGACCAAGUCCAACGCGGUGUGGUCUUGGGCUUCUUUGACACUUUAUAUUACACACGGCAAUUUAAGAAGCAUAUGAUGCGCAAGCAAUCGGCACGCAUGACGGCUGUGCCACAACUGAAUAUCCCAGAGAUCAUGGUUGAGAACGAUUUAAGUGACGAUGGGACUGGCGGGGCAGCACCAAGAUCUCCCCUUUCACCAGCCUCUCGCCCGUCGAGCGUCGACGCUGGAGAGCCACGCAACUGGCUGGGAUCUGUGGAUCUGUCGUUGCAUGAUACAUCAUGGAUUCACCCUCUCAGCUUCCCUAGAGCUGCACCUCCAUCGCCAACAACACCUGCACAGCCUUCGGCUUUCAGCUUUGAGAUUGAAGAGGACGACCCUCACGACUCUCAGCAAGCCACCACGCAAGCGGCAGCACCAGCACCCACGGGUCGGGAAAGCAAUCAUCUGGACCCAAUUAGCCCUGUGCAGGUCCGAGGAAUGCUUGAUGAUUCGAUAUGGGGCGAAAGUAUUCGCCGAAGCGCUACAGUCAGGCGGACAGAGAACAGGCCCACAGAUGGCCACGACAGCUUCCACUGA